AUGAACAAAUUAUCAUUGCCUUCAGAUAACAAGGACAAUGAGUUCUUUGAUGAGGAUGCUAUUUCAAAAUCAACCAUAUAGGCACUAAACAAUUCCUUUGAUAAGGAACAAUUAGAUGAAUAGAUUGAAAGACCAUUCACACCUUUAGAUGCACAAGUUGAGUCUAUACCAAAAGAAUAGUGUAGAUUUUGUAAGCGACAAUUCUUUUAAGGAAAGUUAGCUCUACAUUUGCGAAGUUGUACUGCUGAUCACCCUUUUGUUAAAAAAUCUAAUAAGCAAAAAACUUAAAUACCUUUAACUUAACCAAUAAUACAACCUUGUCCUUAUUGUCAUAAGAAAUUGAGAAAUCCUUAAAUUCACGCUGUAAAAUGUCUUGCUAGACCAAAAGCGUUAGACAAAUAUAAAGUCAUUGCAUCUAUAAAUGAAGAAGAAGAAGCAGAUGAAACAUUGCUCUAGGAACUAUCAGCAAGUUAACCUACUUUCUUGCCUAAAAUUAAAUAGCGUCCUGAAAACAUAUUAUCUCGCUCUGUUCCUAUUGUUAAGUGUCCUUCCUGCUAGAAAACAUUUGAAUAAAAGGCAGCUGAUAAACAUAUUUAAUUAUGUUUUCGAAUGAGCAGUGGCAAUAAAUUUCAGAGAAGUGUAUUUUGUACUAAUUGUGGAAACAAAUUCGCUAAUAACCAUAAGUACUGUGGUUCUUGUGGAAAAAAAAGACUAUGA